CGAAAACCUGAAAACCUGAAAAAUAAUCAAAGUUUUUAACCUUUUUUUUCCUUUUUUCUAAAAAAAAAUCAUAAUUAAUGUGGAAAAAAAAUAAUAUUCAGUUAAAUUAAUAUUCAACGCGAGAUAAAGGAGAUUCGGAGAGAAGCGGAGACGAGAAUAAACGUAAAUAAAGGAGAAAAUAAAGGAAGAAAAGAAGAAAACGAAAAGGACCAGCAAUGAGCCUCCUUCCUGCUUGGAUCCCUUUGUCUCUCGCGGAGGAUGAGGAGGCGUUGGGCUCAGGAGUUGGUAUAAAGGAGGAGCCCAACAGAGGCGUUUCGGAGGAGAUAUACUUGGAGAUUAAGGAAGAAGAAGAAGACGAUUACGCGGACGAAGAAGAAGGAGAAGAGAUUAAGGAAGAAGAAGAAGACGAUUACGCGGACGAAGAAGAAGGAGAAGAGAUUAAGGAAGAAGAAGAAGACGAUUACGCGGACGAAGAAGAAGGAGAAGAGAUUAAGGAAGAAGAAGAAGACGAUUACGCGGACGAAGAAGAAGGAGAAGAGAUUAAGGAAGAAGAAGAAGACGAUUACGCGGACGAAGAAGAAGGAGAAGAGAUUAAGGAAGAAGAAGAAGACGAUUACGCGGACGAAGAAGAAGGAGAAGAGAUUAAGGAAGAAGAAGAAGACGAUUACGCGGACGAAGAAGAAGGAGAAGAGAUUAAGGAAGAAGAAGAAGACGAUUACGCGGACGAAGAAGAAGGAGAAGAGAUUAAGGAAGAAGAAGAAGACGAUUACGCGGACGAAGAAGAAGGAGAAGAGAUUAAGGAAGAAGAAGAAGACGAUUACGCGGACGAAGAAGAAGGAGAAGAGAUUAAGGAAGAAGAAGAAGACGAUUACGCGGACGAAGAAGAAGAAGAAGAGAAGGAGCGGAGAAGCGGAGGAGUCGGCGAAGUGGGAGUGAAGCGGGAAUUGGAAGAAGAAGAAGAAGAAAGUCGCGAGGAAGUGGAAGAAGAAGAAGAAGAAAGUCGCAAGGAAGUGGAAGAAGAGAGAAGAAAGGAGAAGAAGAAGAAGAGAGCGGGGGCGAAACCGAACUACUUCCUGUGCGAAGUGUGCGGCAAGACCUUCUGCAACAAAAACAACGUGCGGGUGAUGCACAUGAGAGUCCAUACGAAGGAGAAGCCCUACAGCUGUAAGGUCUGUGCCAGGGCCUUCGCGCAGAGUAGCUCCCUAAUGCAACACAUGAGAGUACAUACGAAGGAGAAGCCCUUCAGCUGCGAGAUAUGCAGCAAGUCCUUCACCGUGAAAUGCAGUCUAGUCAAACACAUAAGGGUACAUACCAAGGAGAAGCCUUACGGUUGCGAGAUUUGCAGCAUGGCCUUCUCGCAGAAGAACAGCUUGGUGAAGCACAUGAGAGUCCAUACGAACGAGAAGCCGUUUAGCUGCGAGGUCUGCAGCAGAGCCUUCUCGGAUAAAAACAACUUGGGGCAGCACAUGAGAGUACAUACAAAGGAGAAGCCGUUCAGCUGUGAGGUCUGCAACAAGGCCUUUGCGCAGAAUAGGUCCCGGGUGAUACACAUGAGAAUACAUACAAACGAAAGGCCAUAUAGCUGUAAGAUCUGCACCAAGGCUUUUUCGCAGAAUAGUACCCUAGAACAACACAUGAGAGUGCAUACCAAAGAGAAGCCUUUCAGCUGCAAGAUUUGCAACAAGGGGUUUACUUGGAAAAGUAAUUUAGUAACUCAUGUGAGAGUCCAUACCAAAGAAAAGCCUUACAGUUGCGAGAUCUGCAGCCAAUCCUUCUCGCAGAAAAACAGUUUAGUGAAGCACAUCAGAGUUCAUACGAAGGAGAAGCCAUUUAGCUGUGAGAUUUGCAGUCGGGCCUUUUCGGAUAAAUUCAACUUACGGCAACACAUCAGAAUACAUACAAAGGAGAAGUAUGACAAAUAGAAUACACAUAGAGGAGAAGCAUAAUAAAGACACUAUAUAUACAAAGGAGAAGCAUGAUAAAUAGAAUACACACAAAGGAGAAGCAUAACAAAAAUUGAAAGUAUACAAAGGAAAAGCAAGACAAAAAUAGAAUAUACACCAAGUAGAAGCAAAACAAAUAGAAUACAUACAAUGGAGCCCUAUAGUUGAGGUUUCUCAGAGAAAUAAUAUUUAGUAAUUAUGAGGAUACAUGCAAAGUAGAAGUCACAUAGGCAUUUUCUAAGAAAGGAAGAUGACUUCAGUACAUGUAAAGGUCAUAGGCCCGACAUAGAACAAAGUGUACCCUUACCGAGAUAAGGAAUUACGUAGGGCACCUCAAAAUAACCAAGAGGGAAAAAUUUACAAGGACGCUUCGCCUCGACAUUAUGUUGGGGGGCGGGAAGAUUGGUCUUAGACAUUGAAGAUUCUCUCUUUCAGAUAUGUGCUGUACAUGUUAUUCUCGGUGAU